UGGAGAGAGGAGGGGAGGGGGGAGAGACUUCCACAUGGAGUCGGCUGUCUCAUCUCACGUGGGCUUGUCUUGGGUGAUGAUGAGUGGGAGACCCCUCGCAAAUUAAGGAGACCCCCCCCCCUCUCUUGCCAUGUGCUGUAAUGUGUGCAUCUCGUUCUGGCUCGCUCGCCGGCCGGCAUUUGGACGUGAUGCGGAGAGGGGAGCCCCCUGAAGGACUUGAAGCUUUAGCCGAGGGAUCAAUGAGGAGUUGCGCUUGAGAUGGAGCGACGUCAUAUAAUGGGAAACGUUCUUCCGCUGUCUGAGGAAGGCAAACGCUCUGCGUGUGCUGCUGUCCCUGUGGGGGGGCCACGAGCAACCCGGGAAGGCUGCGUGGCGGCCGGGGCUGCCGGGGCCACCAUGGAGGGCACUGCUGGCCCGUGGGGCCUCCCAGAGGAGAACGGCAGGGCUAUGGGCAAGGUUAACGGGCACUGCCCACUGGUGGCCCUGCAGCAGGCGGUGGCACAGAUCCCCAACGGAGGAGAGAUGGAGAGUGACCCUCCAGGCCUCACUGUUGUGGCUGGGUGCCAGACACCACCUCACUCGCAGCCCACGCCAGAAAAAGCAUCCGGGUCCCCAGAGAUCAAGCUGAAGAUCACGAAGACCUACUUUAACGGAAAGGCCUUAUUUGAGUCCUCACUGUGCGGGGAUCUGGUGGUGACACCCGAGCAGCCUGGCCAGCAGCAGCAGCCGAAAGAGAGUUCGGCAGCUACGGCAGCAGACGUCAAACAGUCGACGUUGGUACGGACUAAGGGCCGGCCACGUAAGCUGCAGCCUGUGAAAGGCCCACCUGGGUCGGGUACAUCGGUACCACCCGUAUCGCACCCUGUGGGUGCAUGUGUCCUGCCUGCACAGCCGGUGCGUCCAUCAACCCCGCCGUUGCCCACAACUCCUCCCUUGUCUGCCGACAAGCCACCUGUUCUACUGUCUCCACAAGAAAACAGCGACCUGUAUUCCAUCGGAGAUGUGGUGUGGGCCAAGAUCAGCGGGCACCCGUGGUGGCCCUGCAUGGUGUCCUGUGACCCCAAGUUGGGCAUACACAUGCGCGUCAAAGUAGGGCAGGUGAAGUCUUUCACAAGGCAGUACCAUGUGCAGUUCUUCGGGGAAGCCGCAGAGCGAGCGUGGGUGUGCUACCGCUCCCUCGUGAUGUUCUCCAGCAGGGAGCAGUACGAGCUGCUGGUCUCCGAGCUGGCCAAGCGUACGCCCUCGGCCAGCGAGAGAACCAAGAUCUUGAAGCCGAUGGCUUCGCGCGUGCGGUCUCAGUGGUUCGUGGGCAUUGCUGAGGCGGAGGAGGCAGCCGCCCUGUGCCACAAGGAGCGGAACGAAAAGUUCACCUUUAUCUACUUCGACGUGAAGCCCAAGGAUAAGGGCCCCAACAAGGGACAACCGCCUUCCUCGACACGAAAGCGAAAGUCAAAGGACUCGGUGGACUUCGAAGUUGAUGCGGUUGAUAUGCACGACAUGAGGAAUGAGUUAGACAGGAAGCUGGAUGGUGGAAGCAGCCCAACGGCGGCUUCGGUGUCUGGGCAGGAGCGUGAUGAUGUUGGCAAUGACGAGGUCAGGAGGGCCCGAGAACACACGAAUGGGGUUGGCGGCGGGGGAGGCCUCACGCCGAAGAAGAAGCGUGGCAUCAGGAAGAGUGAUGCCUCUGCCGCCCGAUUCAUUGUUUUUUGCCAGAAGCAUCGCGAACAGCUGGUGCAGGAGCAGCCGGAACUGUCCCCAGUGGAGGUGGAGGAGGCGCUCAUGACGCAGUGGGAGACGCUGACGGAGAAGCAGCGCGCGCGCUACAAAUCCAAAUUCGCGAGCACCGCUGGGUCAAUGGUGCCUGGCUCGUAUCACGCCGCCACGUCUGGCAUGAACUCGCCCCCCAAAAAGAGAGAGUCUUCCUUGGUCAAAGUGGUGGGAGCAGAGAGCCAGGCCUCCUUGCUGCGAAGGCCGCAAACAGAAGAGUCUGGUGUAGAGGAGAGUGUUCCGCGCAAGAGGGUACGCAAGGAGCCAAAGACUGGAGUCUUGCCCACGUUGGCUGAAAAGGGGAAGUCCCUCUCCUCGUUUGUGCCUGUGGGUUCUGUACAGCCAGUGGUGGCGAAGCUGUCAGACGCGUGCAAACCGCUGAAAAAGAGGAGCCGAGCAUCCACCACGGACUCCACCAGCCCCUCGGAGUGUGAUGAGGAGGGGGCACUUCCCCCGGACGCAGAGGCUUCACCGGCGGGUCAGGGUGAGGCUGUCUACCAAGAAGGAAGCGAAGACUCGCAGUCCGAGGGCAAGCGAGGCAGUAGCAAGCGAGAUGCCCUUUGCCUGGCGUGCGAAAAGACUGGUGGCUCCUUGGUUUCUUGCGAGGGCCAGUGCUGCGGGACGUUUCACGUGGAAUGCCUGGGCGUUCAAACAGCGCCUGGCGACAAAGUCAUGUGCAACGAAUGCUCCACAGGAUUGCACGUUUGCUUCGCGUGUAAAUGUGCGGGCGCGGAGGUGCGGCGCUGCGCCGUCUCCAGCUGCGGCCGCUUCUACCACGAGGAGUGCGUGCAGCGCUCCUCGGCCGCCGUGUUCGAGGGCCGCAGAUUCCGCUGCCCGCUGCAUGUCUGCCUGUCCUGCCACCUGGCCUACCCUGCCAGCAGCCGGGCCAGUCGCGGGAGAAUGCAGCGGUGCGUGCGCUGCCCCGUGGCGUACCACACAUCAGACAGCUGUUUGGCGGCGGGGAGCAAGGUGCUGUCUCCAUACAGCAUCGUGUGCAGCGGCCACUUCGCGCCAAACAAACGGGAUAACACGUGGCAUGUCAACGUCAACUGGUGCUUCUUGUGCUCGCGAGGAGCGCCUUUGCCCGAUGCAGGCCCCGCUCUCUUUGAACAAAGUUCCCACUACCUAUUGAGCGAAUACAAAAGAUCCAGUGAACUUGGGAAGUUACCCAUGAUUCCCGUAGUCCCCGCAGCAGCAGCAAAGGCCUGUGGGAAAGGUGGCUGUCUCCUGUGCUGCGAGUCGUGCCCGGCCGCCUUCCACCCCGAGUGCCUGGGCAUGGAACCACCAGAGGGCACCUGGUGCUGUGCCGAAUGCCGGGCUGGCAAGAAGCCACAGUAUCAUGACAUUGUGUGGGUCAAGUUGGGCAACUACAGGUGGUGGCCAGCUGAGAUCUGCCAGCCGCGCAAUGUCCCGCAGAACAUCCAGAACCUCAAGCACACGGUCGGGCAGUUUCCCGUGCAGUUCUUUGGGUCGCACGACUACUACUGGACGACGCAGGGUCGCGUGUUUCCGUACAUGGAGGGCGACAAGGGCUCCACCGACUACAAGACGAACUGCCUCAACAAGACUUUCAAACGUGCACUACUGGAGGCGGCCGCUCGGUACCAGGCCCUGAAGGCCCAGAGGGAGACGCGGGAGGCGCAGGAGACGGAGCGCAGCGAACGGAAGCCACCCACCUACAAGCAUAUCAAGGCCAACAAGCCGGUGGGGCGCGUGCAGGUGUACACGGCAGACGUGUCGGAAAUCCCCCGCUGCAACUGCAAGCCGACGGACGAGUCUCCGUGCGGCCUCGACUCGGAGUGCCUCAACCGCAUGCUUCAGUACGAGUGCCACCCGUCCGUGUGCCCCGCGGGCGACCGCUGCCAAAACCAGGCGUUCACCAAGCGCGCCUACCCUCCCUCGCAGAUCGUCAAAACAGCUGGGCGUGGCUGGGGGCUGCUCACACUGGUCAGCAUACGCAAGGGAGAGUUUGUGAACGAGUACGUGGGGGAGCUGAUCGACGAGGAGGAGUGUCGCAAGCGCAUCAAGUACGCGCACGAAAAGAACCUCAGCAACUUCUACAUGCUCACUAUCGAGAAGGAUCGCAUCAUCGACGCAGGACCCAAGGGCAACUUCUCGCGCUUCAUGAACCACAGCUGCCAGCCCAACUGCGAGACCCAGAAGUGGACGGUGAACGGCGACACACGGGUGGGGCUCUUUGCCACGUGUGACAUCGCUACAGCAGGCACGGAGCUGACGUUCAAUUACAACCUUGACUGCUUGGGAAAUGAAAAAACUAUCUGCAAGUGUGGGGCCCCCAACUGCAGUGGCUUCCUGGGCGUCCGGCCAAAGACGGCGGCGGCGGCAGCCACGGAGGAGAAAGCGAAGAAGGCGAAGCGGAAGGCGCGCGGCCGGCGCCCCCGCACAGAGACGACGCGCGCCGAGCACGAGGACGAGUGCUACCGCUGUGGCGACGGUGGCGAGCUCGUCAUGUGCGACAAGAAGGCCUGCCCUAAGGCCUACCACCUGUCCUGCCUCAACCUCACCAAGCCUCCCUUUGGUAAAUGGGAGUGCCCGUGGCACCACUGCGACGUGUGUGGCCGCCCAUCGGUCCGCUCCUGCGAGCUGUGCCCCAACUCCUUCUGCAAGGAGCACCAGGCCGGCUCACUCACCCACCUCACCCGGGACGGUCGCAUCUGCUGCGAAGAGCACGAUGGCUGGAUCGAUGAUAUCGCGACCAUUGUUGAAGAGGAGGAGGAAGAGGAGGAGGUGGCGGCGGCGGCAGCAGCGGUGCCUCGUGACGACGCCGCCGAGGAGGAGGGCCUGGCGAGGCCAACGAUUCGGGAGAUCGGGGAGCUGGCCCGCAGGGCAGUACUCCAAUCUGCUGGCGAGAAGACCUCUCAGCCCAAGGUGGCGGCCUACGUGUCCCAGGGGCCCAGCUCAAGUCAGGCCAUGUGAGGGGAAAUAAUAAGGCCAGAGAGCGCAUAGCGAGCGUGAAGGGUUAUUCUCAAUGGCGCUUCACCGGGCUCAUUUUGUUUUGUAAUUCGGGUUGGGUAACACUGUUAGGGAAAAGUGGCCGAUAACGGCAGUUGAUAAAGAUAAUGGACCCUGGGUCGCAACCGUGAAUGUGGACCGGAACCCUUUCACUCAAGCUUUGAGCAAGUGUUCCUUCUUUUUCCCCCCCUUCCUGCCUGUCGAAUUGGAGCAGACAUAGGAAUCCAGUGAAUGUAUUAUAAUGGUUGAGGUACGUUUGUCUGCUUCAGAAUAUUUUUUUAAUUGAUAUCCCGUAAGCAAUUUUAGCACCUUAAGAGAUGACGGUGGGAAAGUGAACAAGUUGCAGAUUUGAUGGUGAGGUACCCGCAUGGCUCGGUGUUCGCUCCGUGGGACCAGAAUUUUAUAGAACAAGUUAUGAAAUCCAGACAGCAUCUUCCAGUUUAACAUGUAGGCUUUCGCGACUAAUAUGAAUAAGAGGUUUUUUGGGUUAGAUUGCGUAAAUAUAAAUGUGUCGUUAAACCCACCACCACCCAACACCGCCAAUUAGUAAGAUUUAUCACGUAAAUAAAACGUGCCGAUUAGUUAAGAGUUCAGCACACCAGUGUGUUUGAGAGUAAACCCGCAGCAUUUACAAUUCGAGUAUAACGUUCCGCUGGUGAUUACAACCAGCAUCUUCCAGCAACAACAGCCUGCAUUGAAAAAAAAUCAAACCCCAUUCAUUGAUUUGUUUUAACAAAAUCACAGUGACUGUGGGAAAAAGUUACCAAUUGUUGGAAUGUCGAGUUUUUCUAGCGAUUCCAGCAAUUUUGAUGUGUAUUUUAAGCUGACUGGUGUGACCUGUCAGGUAUUGAGCACUGAGAAUGUUGGGCUUGGUGGUGGGAGGGGAAAUGAAAUAAGCUGGGGGGGGGAAAUAAGUUGUUCACCUCCCAGUCUUGACCUCGGUUAGCACUCUGCGCCAUGUGAAAAGAAAGUACAACCCAGAAAAUAAUCAGCUUUUUACUUACAACUGCAAACCUUAGACUGUGUCCCAGGCGUUUGAGCUUUGUAAAUGAGAAAAAAUAAUAAAAUAUUAACAUCAUUUGAAUACAACUCAAUUACUAUCUUGAGUUAUAAUCAUGUUGCUAUGGGAGUGCUGCCAUACUUGUUUUUCUCGCAGCUGUCACUAUAGCACACUUGAAGGGCAUAUAAAAUGUUUCUUUCUCGUUAUGAAACCUCAAACUCAUGUGGGACGGGCAACAAAUACACAAGGAAGGUGUUAACUCACUCAUGAUGAUCUGGCCUUUUUUUGUUGUUGAAUCUUUCGUCAACUUCCAUGUAUGAUGCUUGAAGGCCAUUACCAUUUGAAAGCAUGAUCUGCCUGUACACAGGGAUUGAGAAGCGUGGCUUGUGUUGUCACAUGGUGGAAAGCUUCUAAUUGCUUGACCAUUCUGUGGGUGAGCACUGAAGCAGAGUUAGAGUUGCAGGUAGCGCUUUUGUGUAUGUAUAUACGUAUGCAUGUUGAACUUUUUUCGCACCAGACGUAGCCAACCGUGCUAAUCAGAGGUGCAGGGGAAGGACAACCAACUAAAGACAGAAAGCAGUUCUAAAGAACUGAGUUUUAGAUCUAGAUUUAAAAGUGCAUAGCUCCAGUGGCUUCCUAAUAUCUGAAGGUAGAGCAUUCCAGACGGCCGCAGAAGCGCGAUACGCGCAUAUCAAAUCACGCGAUGCAAUGUCCGUCUUUGUUCGAUGGUUAGCCAAAAACCGCUGCUGUGAGGAUGACCGAAGUUUGUGUGACGGUUUAUACUCCUUGACCACCAUUCGCCACACGCGCACAUUUAAAAGCGUUCGUUCGCAUUUCACUCGCUGCCUGACCUGCUCGUCUUCCCAGAAGGCAGCCUCGUUCAGGGUGGGGGGGGCAGGGAGCUGUGGGAACCGGCAGUCGAUUGAGACAAUUGUUACGGCGAGAGAGGUGGGCGUUGGGGCGGGAGACGGGACGGCAGAGGGAAGUUUUUGUCGGCUUAAUGCAAAUAUGAGCAAUAGUUUUUUUUGCCCGGCUUGUGAUUAGUGCUUGUGUAAAUUUUGCCAACAAUGCCACUUGGCUGUAUCUUCCUCUUCAGGGUUGGGCUGUGGAUUCAUGAAGGAAUAUAGUAGACUAAAAAUGUACUUACAAAUUUUUUUUUACUCCAUUUUUUUUACAUUAACUUAAAACACUAAUGAAAACUGUAGGGCAGUGCUGUGGUGGCUGUGUGAAACAGAUGGACAUUGUAUUUUCUAAAGGACUUUUGAGCCUAAGCGUGAUAAUAACUGGGUCUGGCUGCCGAGGACUCCGAUGGCUUGUUAGUGGGUGUGUUCAUUAGAGAGAUGCCUGUCGUUAUAUUGCUUUCAAUUAUUUUCUUUUUUUUAUAUAAAUGAUAAAAGCUAACCCUUCUUUUUUUAAUUACGUACCUUGAAAAACGAUGGUUGUAGAUAGUCAAGUGACGGUCGUGCUGAUGUUUAUUUGCGGCUGGCUGCUGUGACCUGCCACUUCCGCUACGCCACCCUCGGUUCCCUCGCUUCCGUCUGCGUCCACCGCUGCUUCGGAGAUGAAACGCCAGGCGCAGACCGCUCGGUGGCGCUCUGCGCACGCUGUAAACCCCGCCAGCAGCAUUGGUAAUGCCGCUCCAUUUGUUCACUUUGAUUUCAAUGUAAUGCGCUUAUUGAAGGGUUCAGCUGGCCGGUUUUGGUGACUGGCUGGCAAGUGUUGGUGGCCAAGCCACUGGCUGGAAAGUGGAACCCUUCAACUGACGACCAUCCGCAGCAGUGAUGCGUAGUCGCAUUCCUAGAUUUACCAGGCGUCAUAAAAAAUCUUCGGACGCAAUUUGCGACGCUUCGGCAAUGCUGCCCAAGUGGGGGGUGGGUGCCGGCUCCUGGCUUGUCUCCAUAUGCCGAUGGUUGUUUACAGCUCGGGGAGAUGAUACUGCUGCGAGUUUCGAUUUGGCGUUUUUUUCUUCCGUUGAACUGCAAUAUCAGAGGGAGCUGCGUGUGGGAGUUCAGACAUCUGUGUGGGGUGCGAGGUCCAGUUGUUGCACCGCAAUGCAAUCUCCGAAAUCUGAACAACGCCCAUUCUUCUUGUGGAUUAGGCACAAACCACAUUCUCAAAAUUUUACACCGUUGAGCGUUUUUGUUUUGUUCUUCAAAUGUGAAAAUAGAUUUGUGUGCAGUCUUAAUUCUAGGUAGUAGCAAUGACUGAACGGUGGGACUUGCUUUUUGGAAUUGUGCAAAGUGCUGCCCAGAUUAAGCUCACAUUUGCAUAAUCUGCAGGUGCGUGCAGUUUUAACAACCGGAUAGAACUGAGCAAUAAUGAGGACACAUUUGUCGGUGGAGCGCUCAUUCUUAUCAAGGUUUUUUCGCUGUUGACCUUUUUUAUAUGGCAUUUGUUUGAGCCGAUUUAAAAAAAUAUAUUGUUACAUUGUAGGGGCACUUCUGCUUUGACGACGGGCGUGCUCGGCUAUUCCCAUCGUCCCGCACGAUCGCUGUGCCACCCCUUCCCUCCGCCGCCACCACCCCUCCACCGAUGAAUCAAGUGUUACAAAUGUAUUUUCUUGAAUAUAUUGAAAAUUCUUAACUCAAAAAUAUGAGACACUUCCACUUAACUUAUACUGCUUGUAUUCCAUUCAAGUGUAGCACUUUUUUUCAAGUGAUUAUUUUCCAGACCAACACGCGAGAUGCAUGAAACACGGUAAUAGAUUCUGUUAUGAAAUCUACCCAUGUGCAAGUGAAUGUGUCUUCUCCGUGGGGCUGUUGCUCAGCCAUGCUGCCCCAUAGCCUUCCACCCCCCCAUCCCAUCCCUCUCCACUUCCUAGCUCCAAGUUGUCUCAGGUUCAUGUAUUACUGCUGUACAUUUGCAAAUACAUGACUGGCUGGGGCAGGCUAAAGCUGCCCUUUGUUUUGUUUGUAUACAUUCGUUUGCUUCACAUUCAACUUCGUAACAAAAUAAAUCGACUCGUGUUAAAUACACCA